AGUGGUGCCCCCAGGGAGAGUGAGGCCCUACGCGGCUGCCUAUUCUGCCUAUGCCUAAGGACGGCCCUGUGCAUCAGGGUCACAGGGAUCCAGUGGGUCUGGCAUUUACAUAUUAGUUUACCGAAGCGUGUCAGGUAAGGAGGUUUCUGCUGAAAGCCUGUGUCGCACUGGUUACCCUCAUCAUUGCAAAGUAUAUGUGCAGUUGAUACGUACAGAGAUGUGUGUAUACAUAGAACAUUAUGGUCUUAAAACCUGGUAGUUAAAGGAAGGCCACCAAGAGGUACAUGUCUUGAGACAAGUUCCACCAGACAGCAGGUGGGAGGCAGGUAUCUCCCUGCUAACCAUUGUGUAUUGUGAGUCUUACCAUAGGAAUCAAUUUGCAUCCUGAGUCAAAUGCUAAUGAGGGGAUUGUGGGGAUGUCAGGAGAAGAAAUGUACAGAAAGAGGUGACCUGUGGGGGGAGGGGAGUGGGAGACCCUCAUUACAGGUGAACAACAAAGGACUGGUCUAAUAUAUCUAGGGGUGCAGAGACACUGCAUAUCCUUCAUCUGGGGAGACACUGCCAGCUGGUUUGGUCUUCUGAAAGGAGGUUCUGACGCUCAGCCAGCCUGGGUGCAAAUCACUGGGAGAAAGACUUUGAUGGAGCAGCACCUUGUUAGACAGGAGGGCAUCUCGUUACUGGAGUCUAUGCUCUAGAAUGUGUGUUAUGCUUUGUUAUGUGAACCUUUGUUUCCAAUAGCUCUGCCUGUUGUCAUUUGAAUCUCUGGUCUUUGCUAGAUGUACGCUUGCUUUCUCUGGAACCCAGCCUAAGUGCUGAGGGUUGAGCACAGCAGUGGUCUGAGGUAGAACAGGUAAGCUGGGGUGCACUUUUCCUCUGAGAGCAGCCAGUCUGUGAACAUCCAGUGGAGCAGGGCCUGGGCAUUCCUGGGGAUGCUCAGGGACGGGGUGUGUCUGUUACUAGCCUGCAGGGGGCAGUGGAGCUCACGUGGGCUGAGAGGGGAAUGCUGGUGCUGCCUGUGGCUGGUGGUGCCAGGGAGCUGAUCCCUGGCAGAGGCAGAUAGGGCUUCCACAUGUGAAGGGCAGGCAGUAGUGAGGUGCCUCCCAGGCCUGGGUAUCCCAAGAAGCCUCCCAAACACUGAGCAUGGAGCUAGAAGAGCCCAUCCAGUCCCCAAGCAUCAACCUCUGAAGGAAGGGAUUAUAAAACAGAGGAGCUCCCCUCCUCCAGGGAAACAUGGUCCCGCACCUCUGCCAAGGCCCAACUCUCUGGGCUAGGGAGAUUUACAGGCUGCCUCCCUUUGCUCAGGCUGUCUCCUGGAUAUGUGGAGUGUCCUGUUCCACCCUGCCCCCAAGGGCGCACAAGGAAUGGCUCCAGGCAGCAUGGAAAGAGACAACUCUGCUCUGCUACCUAAAUCAACAAGCCAUAAAACACCCCUGAAACAAUCUGCCUGGGUCUGUAAAGCCACUCACUGCUUUGGGAUUGUUUCCUUCCUCUGAAUGGGUUUUGCUGUAAAUUACAGCUCUGUGCGCAUUCCCUUGGGCCGAGCGAGCCUCUGCAGAGAAGCCAGCUCUGAUUGGUGUCUGGCUCCCCCAGCCCCCAAUUGAAGCCAAAUGUGCAAGAUGUGGGAUUGUGGGACGUUGGCCGGGGCCCAGGAAUCCGCAGAAUGCCCCGGCGCUCGGCGGCGUCUUGCAUCAGCCGGCAGAAGUUCACGCUGGGCCGGGAAAAGAAAUCUGUGGCCCUUCUCUGGCGCGUCUUGGGCUGCUGCUCUGGGGCUGAAGUAACCUGCCGUGAUGAUCUCCCCUCCCAGGAUGCCCCUCCUGCUGCUGCUGCUUCACAUCCCAAGUGCUGCCAAAGCUCAGGUUAAUCCAGCUGUGUGCCGUUAUCCUCUGGGCAUGUCAGGCGGCCACAUCCCGGACGAAGACAUCUCUGCCUCCAGCCAGUGGUCUGAAUCCACAGCAGCCAAGUAUGGAAGGCUUGACUCAGAAGAGGGUGAUGGGGCUUGGUGUCCGGAGAUCCCCGUUGAGCCGGAUGACCUCAAGGAGUUCCUUCAGAUUGACCUGCACGCCCUGCACUUUAUCACCCUGGUGGGGACCCAGGGGCGACAUGCUGGCGGCCACGGCAACGAGUUUGCACCAAUGUACAAGAUCAAUUACAGUCGGGAUGGCACCCGGUGGAUUUCCUGGAGGAACCGGCAUGGGAAGCAGGUGCUGGAUGGAAACACCAACCCUUAUGACAUUGUCCUCAAGGACCUGGAGCCUCCCAUCAUAGCUCGCUUCAUACGCUUCAUUCCCAUCACUGACCACUCCAUGAACGUCUGUCUGCGAGUGGAGCUCUAUGGCUGCACGUGGCUAGAUGGGCUGGUUUCCUACAAUGCUCCUGCUGGACAGCAGUUCGUCCUUCCCAGCGGCACAGUCAUUUACCUCAAUGAUUCUGUGUAUGACGGCGCUUUUGGCUACAGCAUGACUGAGGGACUGGGCCAGCUGACGGACGGUGUUUCUGGCCUGGAUGACUUCACACAGACCCACGAGUACCACAUGUGGCCUGGCUAUGACUAUGUGGGGUGGCGCAAUGAGAGCGCUGCUGGGGGCUACAUUGAAAUCAUGUUUGAAUUUGAUCGGAUCAGAAACUUCACCACCAUGAAGGUACACUGCAACAACAUGUUUGCCAAGGGGGUGAAGAUCUUCAAGGAAGUUCAGUGCUAUUUCCGCUCCGAUGCCAAUGAGUGGGAGCCCAACACCAUCUCCUCGGUGCUGGUGCUGGAUGAUGUCAACCCCAGUGCACGGUUCGUCACCGUGCCCUUGCUUCAUCGUAUGGCCAGCGCCAUCAAGUGCCAGUAUUACUUUGCCGACACCUGGAUGAUGUUCAGUGAGAUCACUUUCCAGUCAGAUGCAGCCAUGUACAACAACUCCGGAGCCCCUUCCGAGUCUCCUGCAGCACCCACCACUUACGAUCCAACCCUCAAAGUGGAUGAUAGCAACACACGCAUCCUAAUUGGCUGCCUGGUGGCAAUCAUCUUCAUCCUGGUGGCCAUCAUUGUCAUCAUCCUGUGGAGGCAGUUCUGGCAGAAGAUGCUGGAGAAGGCUUCUCGGCGGAUGCUGGAUGACGAAAUGACCGUCAGCCUCUCCCUGCCUAGUGAAUCCAGCAUGUUCAACCGCAACCACUCCUCCUCAUCUAGUGAGCAGGAGUCCAACUCCACCUAUGACCGCAUCUUCCCCCUGGGCCCAGACUACCAGGAGCCCUCACGGUUGAUCCGCAAACUGCCAGAGUUUGUCCCAGGAGACGAAGAGGCAGGCUGCAGUGGAGUCGUCAAACCCGCCCAGCCAAGUGGCCCCGAGGGAGUCCCCCAUUAUGCAGAAGCUGACAUUGUGAAUCUGCAGGGGGUUACAGGCAGCAAUACCUACUCUGUGCCUGCCGUCACUAUGGACCUGCUCUCGGGCAAGGAUGUGGCUGUGGAAGAGUUCCCUAGGAAACUGCUAACCUUCAAGGAGAAGCUUGGAGAAGGCCAGUUUGGGGAGGUUCAUCUCUGUGAAGUGGAGGGGAUGGAAAAGUUCAUGGACAAAGAUUUUGCUUUGGACGUCAGCUCCAACCAACCUGUGCUGGUGGCUGUGAAAAUGCUGCGAGCAGAUGCCAACAAGAAUGCCAGAAAUGACUUUCUGAAGGAGAUUAAGAUCAUGUCACGGCUCAAGGACCCCAAUAUCAUCCGGCUGCUGGCAGUGUGCAUCACUGACGACCCUCUCUGCAUGAUUACUGAGUACAUGGAGAAUGGCGACCUCAACCAGUUCCUAUCCCGCCAUGAGCCCCAGCUCCCCCCUGCCAGCAAUGGACCCAUUGUCAGCUACACUGACCUGAAGUUCAUGGCCACUCAGAUUGCCUCUGGUAUGAAGUACCUCUCCUCUCUGAAUUUUGUGCAUCGGGACCUGGCCACACGCAACUGCUUGGUGGGUAAGAACUACACCAUCAAAAUAGCAGACUUUGGCAUGAGCAGGAACCUGUACAGUGGAGACUACUACCGAAUCCAGGGGCGGGCCGUGCUCCCUAUUCGCUGGAUGUCCUGGGAGAGUAUUUUAUUGGGAAAAUUCACUACAGCCAGUGAUGUCUGGGCUUUUGGGGUGACACUAUGGGAGACCUUCACUUUUUGCCGAGAGCAGCCGUAUUCCCAGCUGUCAGAUGAACAGGUCAUUGAGAAUACUGGAGAAUUCUUCAGGGAUCAGGGGCGGCAGACAUACCUUCCCCAACCUGCUCUCUGCCCUGAUCCUGUCUACAAGCUAAUGCUCAGCUGCUGGAGACGAGACACGAAAGAUCGCCCUUCCUUCCAGGAAAUUCACCGCCUCUUGCAACCAUCAGCCAGCGAAGAGUGACACUUUGCUUCCCUUACACGUCCUGCUCCUCAUCCCACCCCAGAAGACCCACCUGUAAAAACUGAAGCCACUUCACCUGGACUCACAACAAAACCUGGGCAGUGGGGCUUCUUCUACUGCACAUUAAAAUACCACCAUAAGCGGAGAAAAAAAUGAGAAGGAACUAAGCCUAGAUCAGACCAAAUCCAUAAUUCAUAUGACAAGCUAACUCUGGAAUGACAACGGAUGAACAAGGGUUAUUGAUAGAUGUGGCAUGUUCCUGUUUAUCAGUGGAUUCAGUCAAAAAGGAUUAUGGUUUCCCGUUUUGGAAGGGGAAAAGUAAGGCCCAUGUUCUCUAUUAGGCUCCUCGUGUGCUGGAAAUGCAUCCGUGGAUGGGAGCACACACCAGGAAAGUGCAUGGUAAAGGGAGGGUAUUUGGGGGAUGUGCCGAGUGCAGGGAAUGCAGGUGAGGAACACAGUGAUGCAGGAGUUGCCACUAAAGCAGAUUGGGCUGUGCAAUUACAAAGUGAAAAGUGAACCUGUCUGGUCACUUUUAGGCUUCAGACAGGCUAAAUGGAUUUAGCAUUUGCCUGAUUAGGAUUACUCCCAUCCUUGUUUGGUUACAGCCCGUUAGACAGGGGAAAGCCCAAACACAUUGUGUAGUACAAUGUGCCAGCUGCUGGGCUGGAAUGUGCAUUCUGCUUGGUAGGUGAACAUUCCCACUGCAGUGGGGGCAUUGCUUUCUGAGGAGCAUAUGGUUUACUGCAUCUGCUGCAGGACCAAUGAGGAAUGACAAGCCACCCAUCUAGAGGACAGCAGAAGUGCCCUCUUCUGACUCAGGCACGGCCUCUUGAGAGGACUUCAUGUUCCUGAGAAAUGCAUUCUGCAUCUGCUGUUCAUGCUAUCAGGGUAGGGAAAUCCUACAGCUACCAGAUUAGUAGGGUAGGUGCUAGCUCUGCAUUUCCUGAGAAUCAGGGUUAGAGAGAUGUUUUAGAACAAACAUUUCAUUUCAAAGGUUAAAUGGCCAUAAUCGCCCAGUUCCCUCCCCAUGUAUAACCCCCUGCCCCCGAGCUUUAAUAAGGAAAGGAACAGGAUGUUGCACUGCUCUGGACAUCCGCCAGCACCAAGGGCUGCCACUAGCACCCACCCCUGCCUGCAGUAACCUUGAGUACCAUGAUAACAUUGCUUGUUGUGAAUACAAUGCCUGGAGUUACCACUAACGAUAGCUCCUCUCCUACCCACCCCAUCUUGACACAGAGGCUCCCUUGGCAUGUCAGGUUCUGUUCUAGGACUUUGUCUGACUCCCAGCAGUGGUCUAGAAGGAUUUCCAGCUGAAAGUACGUGGGACCAAUCUAGCUGUGGUUGGAGCUUCUGUGAGAAUGAAUGUGCUCCCUGCCAUUCCCCAGAUUUGGUUGCUGCAUGAAUGAUUUGGGCAGUGUCCCUACUGGCGCUGUUUGCUCUGUCAGUUUCCAAUCAGUGUACACAAAGGGACUUGCUGAUGCAAUGGGUAUGAAAAUGAGACCCUUAGAGUACGGCAUACACCUCUGUUUCCUGCAAGGAUGCCUCUUAUUUGCAUACACACCAGUCCUUGAAAUUCAACAGAGAACACAGUUGGUCUGAUAUGCUCAUACUGAGAUGCCCAAACCUCUAGCACUGUUUCCAGUAUAGUAUAACCUAGCAUGGAUAGGGCAUGCGUAUAUGAGUGCUUAGCCUAUGCUAAGUGAGCAAACCAUUGCAGGGACGUGGGCUGUGUGAAAUAGUUGGCUGCCUCACUCGUCCUGACAGCAGCUGGUAUGUCAACACAGCAGCUCUAUUUGCACCAGAACCAUCUUGGCUAUCAGCACCCAGAAAGACUUGCAAUUGCAGUUGUACCAGUUGCCAGGGUGUCUAGAAUGACUCACGAAUAUGGGUGCCAGUCUCAGGGCAGUCUGUUAAGAAACAAGGCACGAACCCCAAACUCCCAAACUUGUAUGUUCUGUACUUAGAUUUCAUCAACCAAGUAACAAAUGUGAACUCCUCAAACAUUGUAACAGCCUUAACUUGGAGCCACAGACAGUCCCCUCAGACGCUCAGGGUUGUCUUGUCACCCAGGCAAGCCUGCCUCUGUGAUAGAUGGUCCCUUACACCAAAAAUCACAGCAAUAUUCAGGUUAUUCCCAGUCCAAAGUACCAGUCACUUAACCCAGGUCAAGUGCACCCUAGAUUUCUCACUAAAGAUAAUGUUUGUAGCCAAUCCUGUAAUAAACUAUCUAAAGGUUUAUUAAAAGAAAUAAGAGUUAUUUACAAGGUUAAAGCAGGUGCCAAAAGAUUGCGAUAGCUGCUAUAGUGUGCAAGCUUAUAUGCUCUUUAGGGCUAAACCAGCUGCGGAUCUUUGCUUCUUCUUCGAGUGAUUGCUCAUAUCCAUUCCAGUUAGGUGUGCGCGCUGCGCGUGCACGUU